AUCAUUUGCUGUUAAGGAGGAGAUUUUCUGCAUGUUUGAGGGUGCCCUUGACAAUUUGGGCAGCUUGAAACAACAGUAUGGACUGGCCAAGUCUGCCAAUGAAGUUCUUUUGAUCAUUGAGGCUUACAAAGCCUUGCGUGAUAGGGCACCCUACCCUGCCAAUCGCGUUGUUGGCCAUCUCAGUGGAAGCUUUGCUUUCAUUCUUUUUGACAAGUCCACCUCUACCCUCUUUGUAGCUUCUGAUCAAGCUGGUAAGGUUCCUCUGUAUUGGGGAAUAACAGCUGAUGGAUACGUAGCAUUUGCUGAUGAUGCUGAUAUUCUUAAAGGUGCUUGUGGAAAGUCACUUGCUGCUUUCCCUCAAGGAUGUUUCUACAACACAGCAGUUGGAGGAUUAAGAUGCUAUGAGAAUCCUAAGAACAAGAUUACUGCAGUACCAGCUGAGGAGGAGGAAAUCUGGGGAGCAACCUUCAAGGUGGAGGGACCAGCAGUUGUUGCAGCUACAGAGUAGAUGUUUUUGUUGAAGUGGGGUUUCCACAUAAUGAUGUAUCAGAGUAAUGUGUUUAUGUGGUUAUCACUGCAAGGCAUGCAUGAGGGGCCAUGUAAAUACCCUUCCUUUGAAUGAUAAAUCAUAAAUGUGAGAAGAGUGCAUCUAGUAGUGUAACUUAAUGUGUUCCUGUAUCUUGUUCUUUAGGUUAGCCUUUCACUCUCUUUCUAUUGUACAGUGUAUGUAGCUCUUCCCCAUGUAAUAAAACUAUGCGUUUGGCUUGAGAUUCUGUAAUACUCUCAUUCCAUGUAAUGCAUCUUAACUUUAUUAUAUAUGUAUGCAUUAAGAUUUCACCUAAAAGUUUUAGGGAA